AUGAGAAACACCGUUCUUCAGUUCUGCCUGUGGAGCGCCUAUUGUUGCUUUGCCACGGGAGACCCCGCACCCCGUGGUCAGGAGGGACGGCUGCAAGAUGAGUUCGACAAAUCCAGGGUGGUACCAACUGCUUCCAACCCCCCUGUGAGAUUUAACCUCCGUACCUCGGAGGACCCAGAGCAUGAAGGAUGCGAUCUCUCCCUUGACCACAGCCAGCCCUUAGAGGACUGUGGCUUCAACGUGACAGCCAAGACCUUUUUCAUCAUUCACGGAUGGACGAUGAGUGGCAUGUUUGAAAACUGGCUGUACAAACUGGUGUCAGCCCUGCAGACGAGAGAGAAAGGAUCCAACGUCGUGGUGGUGGACUGGCUCCCGCUGGCUCACCAGCUUUACGUAGAUGCGGUCAAUAACACAAGGCAUGUGGGACACAGCAUCGCCAAGAUGCUCGACUGGCUGCAGGAGAAGGAGGACUUUUCUCUCGGGAAUGUUCACUUGAUCGGCUACAGCCUCGGAGCUCACGUGGCCGGGUACGCGGGCAACUUCGUGGAAGGCACGGUGGGCAGAAUCACAGGUUUGGAUCCUGCUGGGCCCUUGUUUGAAGGGGCGGACAUCCACAAGAGGCUGUCCCCUGACGACGCAGACUUCGUGGAUGUCCUGCAUACCUACACGCGUUCCUUUGGCUUGAGCAUCGGCAUUCAGAUGCCUGUAGGUCAUAUCGACAUCUACCCCAAUGGGGGUGACUUCCAGCCGGGCUGUGGACUCAACGAUGUCUUGGGGUCGAUUGCAUAUGGAACGAUCGCAGAGGUGCUGAAAUGUGAGCACGAGCGGGCAGUACACCUUUUUGUCGACUCUCUGGUGAAUCAGGACAAGCCAAGCUUUGCAUUCCAGUGCACGGACUCCAACCGCUUCAAAAAGGGAAUCUGUCUCAGUUGCCGGAAGAACCGUUGUAAUAGCAUUGGCUACAAUGCCAAGAAAACAAGGAACAAGAGGAACAGCAAAAUGUACCUAAAAACCCGGGCGGGCAUGCCUUUCAGAGUUUAUCAUUAUCAGAUGAAAAUCCAUGUCUUCAGCUACAAGAGCACAGGAGAAAUGGAACCCACCUUUUAUGUCACCCUUUAUGGCACCAAUGCUGAGUCCCAGGUUCUGCCUUUGGAAAUGGUGGAGCAGAUCGGGCUGAAUGCCACCAACACCUUCCUGGUCUACACCGAGGAGGACUUGGGAGACCUCCUGAAGAUCAAACUUAUGUGGGAGGGCAAGUCUCAGUCCUGGUACAACCUGUGGAAGGAGCUUCGCAGCUACCUGACUCAGCCUCGCAGUUCCAAGCAGGAGCUGCAUAUCAGACGCAUCCGGGUCAAGUCUGGGGAAACCCAGCGGAGAUUGACUUUUUGUGCAGAAGAUCUUGAGAACACUCUUAUAUCUCCUGGCCAAGAGCUCUGGUUUCACAAGUGUCGGGAUGGCUGGAGAAUGAAAAAUGAAACCAGUCCAACUGUGGAGCAUCUCUGA